CUUUCAGUUUCCUUUCUAGAAAAGACUCUUCUCUCUCUCUCUCUUUUUUUUUCCUGUUUACCCCACCCUAUACUACUUGCAUGUAGGAGCUUCUUAUAAAUCACCCAAUUUCUCGGAAACACUUGAGCCUCUCGACCAACCUCUCCGAUGAGACUGUCCAAUCAGGGGUGGGCGGAGGGGGGGAUGCGGGUGGAGAUCAGGGAAACUCUCUGAGGAAGCAAGCCAUUAGCUGGUCAUUGCAUCAGCCACCCCGUAUCCCAGGUUGGCCUCCAUAUAACCUCCCCACCCUCUUCCCGUUCCCUAUUCUCAGCAUCAGUAUGAAUAACUGUGUUUGUGUAUAGUCUUGCGGCGGGGAGGGGGGGUUGUGAGGGAAGGCGGAUGGUAAAUUCCUUGCCGCUGCUGUUCACGGAGGCGGCGCAGGGCAGUGGAGAGAUCAUGAGUUCUGGGGGUCAGACCCGGAUUUCAAUCCCAGUUUGGGCAUCUUCUUGUUACAAGACCUUGCGCAAGUCACAUUCCCUCUCCGCUUCAUCCUGCGUUUCCUCAUUUGUGAAAUGGGCAUAAAGAAGCCUCGUAACUUUAUCGUGGAGGGGACUAAGUGCGAUACUACCGGCAAAGCCCCUGUCACAUGGCAGACACUCGUUAAAAGUGAGGGCCUCUCCCCUUGGCGAACGAGAAGAGGAGGGAGACGAUGAAAGGUAGUUUGCCCUUGACGGACAAGGAGAAACUGUCUUCAAUGGCUUCGCUGGUGGCUUAUGAUGACUCGGACUCAGAGGCUGAGACUGAGCCUGCGGGCAGUUUUAAUCCUGCCAUCCAGAUGAAAGACGCUUCUGAUGCCAUCAGACCUCCUGGGCCGGCUUUCGCCUCGGAAGUCCUGGAUGCAAAGGACAGGGCAGCACUGCCCACAAAGCGUGGUUCUUGUGAAGACGCAGCCGGCUGUCGUCUCCCUCUGGCUCGGCUCUGGAGCAGUGACUCAGGAUCUUGCCCCAACCAGAGGCUGCAGUGGCCCAGGACAGAGCCUGAGGUCACCUUCCCCACCAGCCAGCCUGCUCGUCCUUCCCUGUGGACCAGCCAUGCUCCAGCUGGCCACGUGCCCCUGGCAGCUGCCCGCUUGAAGCAGGUGAAACUCUCCUGGGAAACUUCUGGCUCCCCUGAGCCAUCUUUCUGUGCCCGAACUGGAUCUGAAACCCCAGGAGAAAACGGCAGCAGCUCUCUUCAGAGGCGGUGGUGUGAGGACUGUGUUGUACCCUAUACCCCGAAAAGGCGAAGACAGUUGCAAGCAUUAAGCACGGAAACAGGCAAGAGUAAAGACGUGGAGCCCCAGGGUCCCUGUGCAGGGCGUGCCCCAGCCCCUCUCUGUGUGGCGCCCCAAGUGUCCGAAUUUAUUCAGCCGUAUUUGGACAGUCAGUAUAAGGAAACCAAGAUUCCCAGGAAGGUACUGUUCCAUCUGAGAGGCCACCGGGGCCCAGUCAACAACAUUCAGUGGUGUCCAGUCUCUUCCAAGAGCCACAUGCUCCUCUCAACUUCUAUGGAUAAAACCUUCAAG